AUGAUGAGGAACGAGUUUUUAGUUAACACAAUUUACAACCAUGGGAAUUUGAAAAAGGUAUUGGGGUUAUUGAGAAGCCUAAAUAAAAGCAACAAACUAGAUUUGAUAUGCCAGGUGUGUGAAAAGUGUAACAUAGAGGACGAUGAUGAGACCUUGCGAAUAUUUCUGAACGAAUUGAGUCAUAUUAGCAAUGACGAAAGUGUGAGUAGUAAGCUUAGUGAGAACAACAGGGGAGGAGGAGGUGCUGGUGGUGCUGGUUGUGCUGGUGGUGCUGGUGGUGCUGGUUGUGCUGGUGGUGCUGGUGGCAACCAAAGUAAUGUCACCCUGAUGAAUAUUGGUAAACAUAUUGGAAUUGUAAAUAGGUGUAACAACAACCUUUUGGUGGACAGAAGUAGCAACUUGUAUGAAGAAGCAAAGGACCUGAGUGGUUCCCUUUCCAAUAGUUCAGAAGAAAUUAACGAAUUCGACAUUGACAUGAAUACAGCUAAUAAUGAGAAAAAUAAAGCUACAAGAAUUUAUGUCGAUGGGAUUUUUGAUUUGUCUCAUUCUGGUCAUUUUAAUGCCAUGAGACAAGCGAAACAGUUAGGUGAUGUUGUGGUUGUUGGAAUCAACUCAGAUGAGGAUGCCCUAAACUCAAAGGGAGUUAUGCCUAUAUAUACUCAAGAAGAAAGGGGGGCAUUGAUAGCUGGGUGUAAGUGGGUCGACGAAGUUAUUAUAGGUACCAAAUAUAACGUCAGUAUGGAACUGUUGGGGAAAUAUAAUUGCGAUUACGCUGCCCAUGGUAGUGAUAUUGCAUAUGAUCGGAAUGGUAAUUGUUGCUAUGAGGAGGUUAAAAAAAACAACAGGUUAAAAAUAUUUGAGCGAAGUUAUGGGAUUUCCAGCACGACAAUAAUUAACCAUUUGUUGCAGGCGGUGAACAGUGCCAACAAGAGCCUGCCCGAGGGGGACGCAGCGAUUGCCGCGGUGGGAAGUGGAGUGAUGGGAAGUGGCGUUGUGGGAAGCGGCGUUGUGGGAAGCGGCGUUGUGGGAAGCGGCGUUGUGGGAAGCGGCGUUGUGGGAAGCGGCGUUGUGGGAAGCGGCGUUGUGGGAAGUGCCGUUGUAGGAAGCGGUGUGGUAAGCAGUAUGGCAAGCAGCAUGGCGAGCGGUGGAGGAAACGUCGCCAGCACGAACGCUCCUAGCAGGAAUGCUGCCAACCUGAACCCCAACAACAAUGAGGACGGCAAAGCGUCGCUCCUGUACAGUAAUGGAAAUUGCCUGAACGGUACAGGUGAAAAAAGUAACUUGAGUAAAAAAUGUAAAACGAAUUCGAAAGAAUUCGAAGAAGAAACCACUGUCGUGGAAGCAGCGGCCGUGGCAGACAACAAAAUUAGGCCAUCCGAGUCCAUGUCCAGUUUAAAACAUGCCUUAGGCAAAAAUAAAUGUUACGUAACAGCAUCUCAGUUGUAUCAAUUCAUGGAAAGCCAUGAAAAAAAAACAAAAAAAAAAGUAGUAUAUGUGGAUGGCUCGUUUGAUAUCUUUCACAUUGGUCAUUUAAAAAUAUUAGAGAAUGCCAAAAAGUUAGGCGAUUACUUGAUUGUAGGGAUGCACUCCGACGAGGUCGUGCGGAGGAUGAAAGGGAAGUACUUCCCCGUCGUGUCCCUACUGGAGAGGACUUUAAAUGUGUUAGCCAUGAAGGUUGUGGACGACGUAGUCAUAGGAGCCCCAUGGCUCAUCAGUGAGAGCUUCAUUAAGCGCUUCCAGAUUGACAUUGUGGUUAGGGGCACCGUUGUUGAUUAUUUUUACUCCAGCAACGAGUUGGACCCGUAUGCCGUUCCGAAGAAGUUGAACAUAUACCAGGAGCUCUCCUCGGAAUCGGGCAUCACCACCUUCGAAAUUAUUGAACGAAUCGAGAAAAACAAAAAGUGCCUGAUGAGUACCAUGUCGAAGAGAAAGAAGAAGGAGGAUAACAUCUGGAAGGUGAACAAUACGUACGUUAUGAAUUAA